AUGUCAGCGCGAACGCCUACUGAGCUAGACCCCUACAUUUUAGCAAAUUCGCUACAGAAUCGCGAGCCACUGCCGCCGCUCCCUCCUGCGCCCUCACUGCCAGAGACAGCCUUCCCAGCACGACAUUCUUCGCUGCACAAUACUCGAGCAUAUCAGAUCAGAGCACAUCGUAAGGCUGCAAGUCAGGACCAGGGGCUGGACAGCAUAGCGCCUCAAGAUUUCCACCGCAGGCACUACACAAUUUCGUCACCAGACAUGCCCGAUGAGUACAACGUGGCACCCGAUUACUUUGGGCAGGAGCCAAACAGGACUGCACCCACAAGAACCGCAAAGCUAUUUGGCACGAUCUCUAAGCAUCAAAAUCGGAAGAGUCUAAACCUACAAGAUGACCGAGAACCGUCACGUUCUGUCCGCAGGUCCAGAGACAUGAGUACAGGCGAAGAUGUUACUCAGCGAGACGAGCCUGUACCGCAUCGGUCAGACUUGGGCGGCAUCGAUGACUUGUCGGGGCUUGAGCAGGCUCUGCCCGACAUUGAGCCAACGUCACCAAUCAACCUUGACACGCAAACAUCUUCACAACAGAUAUCUGAGCAUGUUCGCCUGCCUCCGGGAUUCAGGCCCGGUCAUACAGAGCACACUACAGUCGAAGAAGUUUGGCAUCCCGCCGUGGAGAAUCAAACGAUCGAGCACAGGAAAAUACUGGUCACCCACCCAGAAAUUGAACGAGACGUGCACAUACACCACUAUUUAGAGUAUGAACAGCCGGUAUAUACAACUGAAAUACUACCACCUAAGCAUUACCGACUCGACGAGAAGACGGGGCAGAAGGUCGAGAUUGAGGUUCCCGCGUACUGGAGGAUGCCCACAUCGUUGUCACCCAGAAAAGCCGACCUUGAUGGGUUGAUGCGAACGCAACGACAUUACUUGGUCGACGAGGCGCAUCCGUACGGGGCCAUUGAGAGUCCACCUGCGACAGGAGUGACGACGUGGAUAUGA